AUAAAUAACAAUAUAUACUUGACCAUCACGAUAACAAAUUGUUACCUGCAAAUUUUGCUAUAUAUAGGGUUUCAACAAGAACCCUAAAAGCAUAACAAAAAAAAAGAAAAAAAAAAAACAAGAAAAUGGCGACAUGGUUUCUCAUAAUCUUCCUUUCUCUCACACUCUGCUUCCUUCUCAAUCUCUUCCUCCGUCGCACAGACACCAAUUCUCUUCCUCUACCUCCUAACCCUAACUUGUUCCCAAUCCUUGGUCCCUUCCAGUGGCUCCGUAAAGGCUUAGGUGGUUUAAACUCCUAUCUCCGUUCCAUCCACCACCGUCUCGGUCCCAUCAUCUCCCUCCGCAUCUUCUCCGUCCCUGCAGUCUUCGUCUCUGAUCGUUCCUUAACUCACAAGGCACUCGUUUUACACGGCGCUGUCUUCUCCGGUCGUCCACCGGCGCUUCCAACCGGGAAGAUCAUCACUAGUAACCAACACACCAUCAGCUCAGGUACAUACGGAGCCACGUGGCGUCUUCUCCGUCGUAACCUAACCUCUGAGAUUCUUAACCCAUCCCGCGUCAAAUCCUAUUCCAACGCUCGUCGCUCUGUUCUUGAAAACCUCUGCGACCGGAUUCGUAAUCACGGCGAAGAAGAGAAACCUAUCGUCGUCGUUGAUCAUCUCCGUUACGCAAUGUUCUCGCUUCUUGUUCUCAUGUGUUUCGGUGAUAAGCUUGAGGAAGAACAGAUCAAACGAGUCGAGUUCGUUCAAAGAAGAGAGCUCCUCUCGUUUUCAAGAUUCACCAUCCUCAACGUCUUCCCUAGUAUCACCAAACUGUUUCUGAGGAAGAGAUGGGAAGAGUUUCAUCAGAUCAGGAGAGAACACAAGGACGUGUUGCUUCCGCUGAUUCGUUCCAGGAGAAAGAUGAUCGAUUGUUCUAAAGAUUACGUACAGUCGUCGUAUGUAGAUACUCUGCUUGAUCUUGAGCUUCCUGAAGAGAAGAGGAAACUAAACGAAGACGAGAUCGUUAGCUUAUGCUCUGAGUUUCUCAACGCCGGGACUGAUACAACAGCGACGACGCUUCAAUGGAUCAUGGCCAAUCUUGUGAAAAAUCAAGAAAUACAAGAGAGAUUAUACAAAGAGAUCGAAAGCGUAAUCGGAGAAGAAGAGAAGAAGAUUGAGGAAGAAGAGAUGAAGAAGAUGCCGUAUCUCAAAGCUGUGGUGUUAGAAGGUCUUCGAUUACAUCCACCAGGACAUUUACUGUUACCGCACAGAGUAAGUGAAGACACUGAACUGGGAGGUUACAAAGUGCCAAAGAAUGGUACGAUCAACUUCAAUGUGGCAAUGAUAGGGAGAGAUCCAAUGGAGUGGGAUGAACCAAUGGAGUUUAAACCGGAGAGAUUCAUCCGAGAAGAUGAAGAGGCGGUUGAGGUGGAUGUUACAGGAAGCAGAGGGAUAAAGAUGAUUCCAUUUGGAGCUGGGAGGAGGAUUUGUCCAGGGAUUGGAUUGGCAAUGUUGCAUUUGGAGUAUUUUGUGGUGAAUAUGGUGAAGGAGUUUGAGUGGAAACAAGUGGAAGGUGAUGAAGUUGACUUGUCUGAGAAAUUUGAGUUCACUGUUGUUAUGAAGUAUCCUCUUAAGGCUCGUGCUGUGCCUAGAGUGAAGAAGACACUUCGUCCUGGUCUCAUGGCUUAUAAGAGACACAGAGCAGACAUCAUCAUCUCUUAAGUUUGUUUUUUUCUUCAGUUUUUA